CGAUCUAAUAAUCAUUAGUUCAAAAAAUAUUUUGCAGCUUUGCAGGAUGUUUAAGCCUCAGCAAUCUCGUGGUAUUCAAUGGCUCCUACUCUUCUUCUCCCUCGCAGAACUCCUCCAUUUCUCUCAUGGUGACGUGGGCACUGCAGCCCAAUACGAUCCCCCAUACAUACCAACGACUUGUUACGGUGAUGACACGAGCCAGUUCCCGGAGAACAAUCUGUUCGGGGCAGCAGGAGAAGGGAUUUGGGAUAACGGAGCAUCUUGUGGGAGACAGUACUUAGUGGAUUGCUUGAGUGCGGUGAAGAAGGGAACCUGCGUGAAAGGUGAGACAAUUCAGAUUAAGAUCGUAGACCGUGCGAUUGAUACAGUCAGCAAGCCCUCCAGUUCUGGCACCACCAUCGUCCUCUCUGCCACCGCUUUUGCCACAAUUGCGAAUUCUAAUGCUUCCAAGAUUAACAUUGAAUUCCAACAGUAUGUUUCAUUUCGUCUUCUAUUGUUUUUCUUUUUUUCUCAGUUAAUUAAGUUGUUGAUUAUGAAACCAGUUAGUUAA